CGCACCCACUCGAAGAGGGUCAACGUUGGGAUCCCAUGGGGGGGUGUGGGGGAGAGGAUGGGGGUGGGGGUGCCGGGUGUGUGGCGGGGGUGGCGAGGAGAGUGCCGGAGGGUGGAGUUUAAAUUGAGUAUGUAGCUUCAUAUAUCUUCUGGUGAUUGGCAGUGAGGAUGGCCGAUUGAGUUAUGGAUAUACAAGUUUUGGGGGAAGGAAAGCAAGCAUGGAGGACUCUUAUGAUGUAAAAAUAUCUAAUAUCAAUGAGCAAACUGUUAGCCUCUUUGGAAUAUUCGAUGGUUUGAGAUUUCUGCUCUCUUCUUAAAUUUUUCUUAUGUGCAAAAAAUGUGUUCUAUAGACUUAUUAAUACCUUAGGUCAUGGUGAAUCACAAGCCGCUGAAUAUUCGAAUGAUCACUUAUUUUACAACCUUAUGAACCAUCCACAGUUUAUGACAGACACAAGGCUCGCAAUUAGUAUGUCUAAAUUAUUUAGAUCUGGUUCUAUAUAUUGGUAAUUAAUUGUUGAAAUGGCUUAGGAUAUGUUCCUGCUUUGUUUUCUAUGUUUGGCCAUGCUACAGGUGAAACAUGUCAAAAAACUGAUUCAGACUUCCUGGAAGCUGAAAGAAAUACUUUUAGAGAUGAUGGUUCUAUGGCUUUGACUGCUAUUCUGAUUGGAAACUGCUAAUAUGUUGCCAGUGUUGGGGAUUCACGGACUGUGAUGUCAAAGGAAGGUGAAGCAAUCCCUCUAUCUGAUGAUCACAAACCAAACAGAAGUGAUGAGCGCAAGAGAAUUGAAAAUGCUGGAGGAUUUGUUAUGUGGGCUGAUGCUUGUGGUUUGUAAACAUUUUCAGUUUGCUGGUACGUGGAAGGUUAGGGUUGUUCUGGCAAUGUCACGUGCAUUUGGCAACCACCUUUUGAAACAGUGCGUAGUGGCAGAACCUGAGAUCCGGGAGGAAGAGGUUGAUGAGCACUUGAGUUGCUGGCUCUUGCAAGCAAUGGGCUGUGGGAUGUUGUCGCAAAGGAGAUAGGAUGCCAUGUCCCUUGCAAGAGUGGAGGAAGAACCAGAGGCUGCAGGCUCGGUUGUUGACAUCGACAUCACCUGUCAAGUGGUAAGAUUCCAUCACAAGAAGCUUGAUGCAGAUUCCAUUAUCUGCCAGCGGGAGUUGACCAUUUAGUUUCAUUUCUCCCAGCUCAUAUCAACCUUUUAACAAACACCCAUGCGGGACAUAAUUUAUAGAACUUGAAUUUGUUGACGAAACAAAAUUGUUGGUGUUUGGGUGUUGAUUUAAAGAACUCAUUAUUUAUAGAACUUGAAUUUGUUGCCG